AAGCUCAUUGUAAGAAUGUAUUUCAAACAUUUUCUCACAUUGUGCGUACUCUUCAUUAAUGUUAAUUGUGAGUGUGAUAAUUAUUUCAAGUGUUUAGGUAAUUUCAUUAAUAAUUUCUUUGGAUCUAUCAACAAUACUACACAUAGUGAUGAGAAUUUAAAAAACUUUACAUAUUACGAAGUUAAAGAUGUGAACGGUAGUGAAUUUCAUAAAAUUGUAUCAGAUAUUUCAAGUUUAAUAAAAGGUGAUAGUGAUAAAACGGAUCAAUCAGUAUUGUCAAGAUCAUACAACAAUAAUAAAACACAUAUUUUAUUAAAACUAUUCGAAUAUGAUGAAUCUCCGAAAGGGUUUGAAGGUAGAACUGAUACUACAACAGAUAUAACAAACAAUGCUGAAUUAGUACAAGAAAUAUCAAUAAAUGUGAACAAUUCAACAACUGAAGAUAUCAUAACGGACGUUAACAAUAUGGUUGAUAGUCUGGAUAAUUUAGAAGACAAUGAAGUAUCAUUGGAUGAUUCAUAUUUUGGGAUUGAUGAUGAUAAUAACACAGAUUAUCCUAAUAUAGAUUAUGUAGAGUUAUAUAAAGAUGCAACCAUUGAAUAUACUGUAUUGAACGUCACUGAAUCACCUAAAACGAAUGAUGUCAUUGAAAACGAGAAGGAUUUUAAUAAUAUUAUUGAUUAUUCAAUAAAUAAUCUUAAUGAAGAUUCGUCUGCUAUUGAUAACGAUCAAAUGUACCCAAUUUGCCAAGGAAACAUAACACAAGGCGUUUACCCCUGGAUUGCAACGAUUUUCAUUAAAAACACCACAUUGGACAACCAGUUCGAGUAUUUCUGCGACGGUGCCGUGUUAUCUGAGAGGACAAUACUAACAGCUGGCAGAUGUGUAACUACCAAUCCUACCAAAACUACCAUCGACCCGGAAGAUUUGAUCGUUAUACUUGGUAAGAAGUCCUUGCACUCUGUGAGCGGAAACGAAAAAGUUUAUAAGAUAAAAUCAAUAAUUCUACAUGAAAAUUAUAUAAUAAAAGAUGGCGUCGUUGAGAAUGAUUUAGCUAUACUUGUGUUGAGGGAGCCGGCUGAUUUUAACAAGGACGUAGGCGCCGCUUGUAUGUUUGGUGAACAAGACAUCAUUAUUGAUUAUCAGCAAACGGGGACUACUGCAUGGAGCCUUUCUGGGGACUUAACGCCAAUAUAUUUUGAUAAAGAGAAAAGUAGAGCUUGUAACCAGGAGAAUAAAGUGGAAAAUACGUUUUGCGCUACUUACGGCGAUGAUGUAGCAUUAUGUCCCAGUUACGGAGGUCUGCACGCGACAAAACACACGGACAACAAAUGGUACCUGCACGGUAUUCGAACUGGGGACCCGACGGCGAGAAGGAUAUGCGUGGAGAGAGACAUAAAGUACACCGCUCUGAUAAAUUUCAUUGAUUGGAUAGUGGAAAACAUUCAGAAUAAUAAAAACUAA